UAUCGUAUGUCCUACGAUUUUAUUGUCUAUACUUAUGGAAGCCAAUUCUGGGUGAAUUUCGCAAUCUCGUUUCUCGUUUGAUUCUCGGGUUGGUUUUGUUUCAGCUUCUGAAGUGGCUACGGUGCUAAAGCUUGAUUUUUGUUUUACUUUUUUUUUUUUUUUCUUCCAGUAACUUCAAGUUAUAAUUUUCUGAGGUUGUUAAUAUGGGGUUUGGAGGUUUACGCACUAUGAUGGGAAAAGUUUGAGUCUUUGGGUUGUUUUUUGGACUAGGGUUUGAUAUAUGGUGGUGGGUAGUGAUCAGUUUUAGCUAUACGAGGUUGAUGAUUAGAGGGUGGUGAUCAGAUUAAGAUUUUGAAAAAUGUUGUCUGAAUUGGGUAGAAGACCGGUGCUUGGGAGUAACGAGGGCUCUUUUGGUGAUGAAUUGGAGAAGGAGAUAGGGAUGUUGCUUCGGGAGCAACGCAGACAGGAGGCUGAUGAUCGUGAGCAAGAGCUCAAUAUAUAUAGGAGUGGAUCAGCGCCUCCAACUGUGGAGGGUUCUUUGAGUGCUGUAGGAGGGUUGUUUGGUGGUGGCGGCAGCAGUGGCGCCGCUUCUACUGGUGAAAAUGCUGGCUUUUCGGAGUUUAGAAGGACUAAAGAUGUGAAUGGGAUUGCUUCUGAGGAAGAGCUUAGGUCUGAUCCAGCUUAUCUUUCAUACUAUUACUCCAAUGUGAAUUUGAAUCCUAGGCUGCCGCCUCCUUUGCUGUCAAAGGAGGAUUGGAGGUUUCAACAAAGACUUAAAGGUGGAGCUUCAGUUCUGGGUGGAAUUGGAGAUAGGAGGAAGGUGAACAAGCCUGAUGAUAAUGGUGGUAGAUCGCUGUUUUCUACCCCACCGGGUUUCAACAUGAGGAAACAAGAGAAUGAGGUGGACAAUGAAAAGACCAGAGGUUCUGCCGAGUGGGGUGGUGAUGGACUGAUUGGUUUGCCUGGACUAGGGCUGAGCAAACAGAAGAGCUUUGCAGAAAUUUUCCAGGAUGAUUUGGGGCGUAAUACUUCUGUUGCAAGUAUUCCUUCUCGUCCAUCUAGUCGUAAUGCAUUUGAUGAAAAUGACAUCAUGGGUUCUGCUGAAGCAGAGAUGGCUCAUGCACGCCGUGAGCCCACAGCCACUGAUGCGUUAAGAUCAGGAUCAAAUGUUCAAGGAUCAUCUGCAGCCCAAAAUAUUGGUCAGCCAACUUCAUAUUCGUAUGCUGCUGUACUAGGAUCUUCCUUGUCAAGAAGUACCACUCCUGAUCCACAACUUGUUGCUAGGGCUCCCAGUCCCUGCAUCACGCCUAUUGGUGGCGGCAGAACCAUUGCCUCUGACAAAAGAGUUAUUGCCAGUACAGAUGCAUUUAAUGGUGUUUCAUCUGGCAUCAAUGAGUCAGGAGAUCUUGUGGCUGCAUUGUCAGGGAUGAACUUAUCAGCAGAUGAUAUGUUAGAUGGUGAAAACUGUUUGCCAUCACAGGUUGAAUCAGAUGUUGAUAACCAUCAGAGAUAUCUUUUUGGUAGGCAAGGUGGUCAAGAUCAUGGUAAGCAACAUGCUUAUUUAAAGAAGUCUGAAUCAGCGCACGUGCAAAAUUCAGGUAAGAGCAGGAGUGGGUCAGAUUUCAACAAUUCAUCCCUGGAUAGGCAGGUUGAGCUGCAAAAGUCUACUGUUCCUUCCAAUAACUCAUAUUUCAAAGGAUCGCCUACCUCCCAUUUUAGUAGAGGAGGUAGUUCGCCACCUCAGUACCAGCCUUUAGAUGGUACAAAUUCAUUGUUUACUAACUACGGUCUGAGUGGGUAUGCUGGAAAUCCAGCAUUGGCAUCCUUGAUGACUAACCAACUUGGCACUGCUAACCUGCCGCCCUUAUUUGAAAAUGUUGCUGCAGCAUCAGCAAUGGGGGCCCCUGCAAUGGACUCAAGAAUUAUUGGGGGUGGUUUGGCUUCUGGAGGUGCUGCUCCAUCUGAUGUGCAUAAUCUUGGUAGGAUGGGAAAUCAAAUUCCUGGCAGUGCUCUUCAGGCUCCUUUUGUUGAUCCCAUGUAUCUUCAAUACCUGAGGACAUCUGAAUAUGCUGCAGCACAACUUGGUGCUCUUAAUGACCCCUCUAUGGACAGGAACUACUUUGGGAAUUCGUACAUGAAUUUACUUGAGCUUCAGAAAGCUUAUCUAGGGUCUAUCCUCUCUCCUCAGAAAUCGCAAUACAAUGUAUCACUGGGUGGGAAAUCAGGCAGCUCCACUCCUCAUGGUUAUUAUGGAAAUCCUGCAUAUGGUGUCGGGAUGUCUUACCCAGGAAGUCCAAUGGCAAACUCUGUUUUAUCCACUUCUCCAGUUGGUUCUGGAAGUCCUGUUAGGCACAAUGAACUAAAUGUACGUUUUGCUUCUGGAAUGAGGAAUUUAGCUGGGGUCAUGGGACCUUGGCAUGUAGAUAAUGGGAACAUUGAUGAAAGUUUUGCUUCUUCUCUGUUGGAAGAGUUUAAAAGCAAUAAAACAAAAUGUUUUGAGCUCUCUGAAAUUUCUGGUCAUGUUGUUGAAUUCAGUGCGGAUCAAUAUGGGAGCCGGUUUAUUCAACAAAAGCUUGAAACAGCUACUACAGAAGAAAAAAACAUGGUUUAUCAGGAAAUCAUGCCACAUGCGCUUGCUUUGAUGACUGAUGUCUUUGGUAAUUAUGUGGUUCAAAAGUUUUUUGAGCAUGGACUUGCAUCCCAGAGAAGAGAAUUAGCCAACAAACUUCUUGGCCAUGUUCUAACACUUAGCCUUCAAAUGUAUGGUUGCCGGGUCAUUCAGAAGGCUAUCGAAGUUGUUGAUUUGGAUCAGAAGAUAGAGAUGGUUCAAGAGCUUGAUGGUAAUGUCAUGCGCUGUGUACGUGAUCAGAAUGGUAAUCAUGUCAUUCAGAAGUGUAUUGAAUGUGUCCCUGAAGAUGCAAUACACUUUAUUGUCUCAACAUUUUUUGAUCAAGUUGUGACACUCUCAACCCAUCCAUAUGGUUGUCGGGUGAUACAGAGAGUAUUGGAGCACUGCAAAGACCCUACAACACAGCAGAAAGUUAUGGAUGAGAUUUUAGGAGCAGUUAGCAUGUUAGCUCAGGAUCAGUAUGGCAACUAUGUUGUUCAGCAUGUACUGGAACAUGGGAAGCCUCAUGAACGCUCUUCUAUAAUAAAGGAAUUAGCAGGCAAGAUAGUUCAAAUGAGUCAACAAAAGUUUGCCUCCAAUGUUGUGGAGAAAUGUUUGACCUUUGGUGGUCCUUCUGAGCGCCAAUUACUAGUGAAUGAAAUGCUUGGCUCCACAGAUGAAAAUGAGCCUCUUCAGGCGAUGAUGAAAGAUCAAUUUGCAAAUUACGUAGUACAAAAGGUGCUGGAAACUUGUGACGAUCAACAACGCGAGCUGAUUCUUUCAAGAAUUAAGGUUCAUUUGAAUGCAUUGAAAAAGUACACCUAUGGAAAGCACAUCGUUGCACGUGUCGAAAAACUUGUUGCUGCUGGAGAAAGGAGAAUUGCUGCUCAGUCUCCUCAACCUGCUUAGGUAGGUGGCUUAGAAAAAUAAUAUUGUACAGCUAACUGAGGCUAGUGUGAGCUGUUGCUUCUUCUCUUUCUCUCCCAAAUCAAGAGGUUAUGUUUACCUAUCUGUGAAGAUGGGUAAUAGCCAAUUGGAAAUAAAGUUUUCGGUUGUACUGCAGAACUGUACAUUUUGUAGUUUUAAGUUUAUACGAAGAAUUUAUGCGAGAUGAGGCUCAGAUGUUUUAUGCAGCUGAUGCCCCUGCAGAGGAGAUAAAAUGCCUAUACAAGCCUUUUUAUGGUGUAAAGAUUAUAAAAUGGUGACUGGUGAGCUAGUUUUUAAGUUGACGCGACUGUACAAAAUGAUGGCAUGCGGAGAGCUGUUUUUGUUUAGACAAUGGCAGUUUUUUUUUCCUUUCUUUUCAUCAUGUAUGGUUAUUGACUUUGUUUCCACUUUCAACAAGUAUAAUUUAUGUUGCAAGUCUAUAUUUCGCUUU